CAAAGUAGAAAGCUUUUCGUAGUAGCUUUAUUGUGAAAUUGAAAACAGUAAACAAAAGCAAAGCUUUAUUGCGUGCCUAUUGAAAUUGAUAGUGAGGGAGAAAAGUUUGUUACUUAAGCAGAAUCAAAUCCUCUGCUAGGACCACUUCUACCAGUAAAGCCUAAGGACAAACAUGGCAGCUAAAAUAAAAGACACAGAUUCAGCCAACGAAGAAUUUGAUAAACAUUUGAGGUAUUUGUUGCUUACGAUACCCAAGGAUGAUCCACCAAAAUUUAAUACAUAUGUGGUCGAAUUUUUCGGCGUUUUGAGCCUAACUGAUUUACGCGCGCCGGAACGAAAGCUGUGGUACAUUUAUUAUUGCAAGCAGUCUGAUAUAGACCAGACUGUGGAUCAGAUUCACCAGAAAUUUGGCAAAAAGAAUAUGUAUGACCUAUUCCGAAAGCCGGUAUUCAGUGGAGCUGGCUUGCGCGCCAGUGUCAAGAAGCACUUUUCGGAAUUAAAGUGGUUUACCAAAGGAAAUUUACUUGAGGCGCCACCAAAGAGUCAUUUUAACGACGAGCGCGUCUGUAAAACCAUAACGGAUCUAUACAACAUUGAGCAGGAAAGACUUUAUAACUUUGUAAUGGUGAAAAAUCAGUGGUACGGGAGUCGCAGCCAUUAGGUUUGGUCUUGUGUAGUAAAACUCUGUGAUUUUAGAUAAGGGAUUGCAUUAUUUAUAAUUUAUGUUAUGGUCAUAAAAAUAUAUUUCUGGAAUCAGUCGCUUAUAGCAUUUCGAUUAAAUUUUGCAGUCAUAAAAGCUGCAGUGUUGUGUAGAUAACAUUGCUUCCGUUUUCAUGCUGCACAUUUGGGGGAAAUACAAUCGUUCUUAAGCCAUUACGUUCAUAGCCAAUAAAAUACUUUCACCUCAACAAA